AUGAGCAGCCCAAGGAGCGUGAUCCUGGAUUCACCACCCUCACUAGAGCUAGAGGAGGAAGAGUUGGCGGUGGUUGAGGAAGACACGCCUCGUGGACCUAGCUGGCUGUCAAAGUACGUCAUUUUUCCUGGCUGGACCUCGAAGCUCAUUUGGGACCUGGCAGUGAUGACCAUUGUUCUCAUGGAUGCCUUUGUCCUUCCAGUCCAGCUCUCAUUCAAGCGAGACUACGGAGAGGAUGCCUUUGAUGAUGCAUGGUUUUGGGUGACGACACUCUGCUUCAGUGCCGAUAUCCUUGUCACUUUUGACACUGGCUUGACAGUUGCAGGUGAUGAUCAGGACAUCAUCACGGACCAUGGGAUAAUUGCGAGGGCAUAUCUACGUGGCUGGUUUAGCCUGGAUUUUCUUAGCACGAUGCCGUGGAGCCGUAUGGUUGAUGCUGCCGUAGGGUCAGAUGAGGGUGGUGGCGCACUCCUCCAUGUAGCCAAGCUUGCAAAGAUGCUGAAAUUUCUUCGCAUCAUUCGCUUGAUGAAGAUGCUCCGUGCAAAGAAGAUCCGGGAUAUUUGGGAGCGAGUAGAAAUUAGAAUUGGAUCUGUGACUGUCAUUCAGGCAAUGUACUUGGUGCGAGUCCUGCUUGUUAUAGUAGCAAUCUGCCAUUGGAAUGCUUGCAUUUUUUGGAUGGUAGGCCGACCGGACAGCAUCAUCACUGACUUUAUGCCCACAGAAACCAGAGAGACCUUUGAGAAGUUGCCGCAUUGGACUACCAUCCUGCACACCUAUGGCAAGUAUCAGGUGGCAUCUAUGGGCAAUGCAGCCUAUGAUGUGGUAGAGGAGGAAUGGACAUAUGCCCAGAAGCCCUUUUCUGAUGUUUACAUCUUUUGCUUCUAUUGGACAUUGGGAGUAAUGCGGACCAUGCCGUCUGAAGUGCAGCCAGUGAACUUGGCAGAGCGUACCUUUGUCCUUUGCUUCAUGUUUUUCGCGCUGUCAGCAUUUGCUGUAUCGGUUGCAUCACUGACACAGACCUACUUCAAGAUCAGUGAACGCAAUCGCGGCUUCAGGGACGAGAUGUUUGCCCUACGCAUGCACAUGCACAAGCUGAAGCUAGACGACGUGUCCCAACGAAAGAUCAAGGACUACAUCACUCACUUGUUUACAAACCGGCGAAUCAUGGCAAAAGAGCUGAACUUCCUGAAGCAGUUGCCCGAUCCAUUGAGUGUGGAAGUGAGGUACGCAGAGGUCUUGCAAUUUGUGUCGAAGCUGCACCUUCCCGAUGUCAACAAGGAGGAUAUCAGAAGGAUAUGCUUGGAGGGCGCAGAAUCCAUGGAUCUUCUAGCAGAUCAGACGCUUUGCGUUGCGGGGCAAGAAGCUCGCUCAGCUUGGAUUGUAGUUGCUGGACACGUGACGGCACAGGACAUCAACAAGAAACAGCGUGAGCUUAUAGGACAUCCUAUCAUCAUUGACGAGGCCUGCCUCGAAAAAGGGGAACCUGUUCUGUCGCAGCUGACGGUGGUCACAGCAAGUACCUGCUCGCUGAUCCGCAUAGGGAAGCUGACGUUUGCGAGCAUUGUAGGGAUGCACUUGUCAAGCAAGCGCAAAGACGUGCUGGCUCUCAGUGAGAGACCGGAUCAAAUAGAGAUCCUCAGCAACACCGUCUCUGGCAACACGCAGCCAGCGAAUGCAGCGGGUGCUGGUGCAGCUGCAGCUGCCGUCAUGUCGGCCUGA